AUGUUAAGUCGCGUGAGUGACACGCGCGUGUUUGCGAGCUCGGAGGACGUCGUUUUCAUGACUUCCAGUCGAUGGGCCCACGCCCAAGCCCACCGAUGCACGGACGAGGAGCUCCAAGGCGCUGGCGACGAGCAGCUGCAACGUCCCACUCGCCUGUUUGAACGAGCAGCUGUGGACGACCAGCAGUCGAGCAUGGAGCAGGCGUGCGUACAAUCGGGUGGGGGUAGGGAUGACUGGGAGACGGGGACGAUGGAGCUUGUGUUCCUGGCGUCAGGCGCGAUUCGGGCGCGAGAAGGCUGUUUGGUAGGUUCGAGGCGGCUUAAGUUGCCGCAAGGGAUAACGUCCUCGAAACGAACGGGUCCGGACGAUCAUGAUAGAGAGGGAAAUGAAAGUGACGGGAGAUGGGAUCGCUACAGGGACAGGAAGGAGAUUCAAGAGAGGCCGAGUAGACUCUGGACAAGUUCGCGACUACGACGACGAGCGCCAGUCGAGAUUUGGCGCUCGACAGAAUCGUCGUGGUCGUCGGUGUCAGGUGGAUCAGAAGAGGAAGAAGGUGCUGCUGCAAGUGAGGAGGAGGAGAAGAAGAAGAAGGAGGAGUUUUUCUCUGAUGCUGACAGCUGUUCGAUUGUUUCAGAGAGUUUUGCAAACAGUGCGACGCGAAAAGAGGAGACAGCUAGAGUUGUUGGACGGAUACCACCGAAGAGACGGGAAUCUCGACGUGGGGAUAUUUAUGAUGAGUUGCAGGAGGGUGCUGCAGGAUUUGCAGCAAGGAGCACUGGGAACUUGACGUUAACUCGUUCAUCAAGGUCAAAUAACGACUUGGGAAGAGAAAACAACGAUGUGAUUGCUGGGCUUGAUGAGAAAGGAAUACUUGGUGAAGACAUCUGUCGUGAGUUGAGGCAACAACGACGGCAGGUAGCACCAGAGCAAGUGUCUUCAGUGUCUCAAGUCAAUGAUGCACCGUCGCUACGGACUGAAAAGCCUUGGACGGUAGGGGGUGGUCGAUUGGUCCUGGAUGAACGGAUCGUCGAUGUGAAAAGCAAAACUCUAUCCAAUGAAGGGAACAGCAAUGAUGUGAUUGAUCGCUUGGAGCAAGAAUUGAAGAGGGAGAAAAAGCGCGUGGCGGAGCAGACGACCCACUUACUAGAAGUACAAGGCAGGAAUCAGCAGCUUCGCGCUCGAAUCAAAGAGUUGGAGGCGCAGCUUGCUACAGAAGACAGCACAAUGAGUACUGAAGUACGGAAAGCGUCACGCGAACACGAAGAUCAACGACAGCUGUCAGUGAAGGAACACCAAAGUGCUCAAUUCAGUGGCUUGAAUGAGCACGAUCGUCUUGAUGAAGUGGAUAUUCCUUGCCUGAGCGACGAUACAAUCCAACAAAGCAACGAGUCAAAGCAGCUGGAAGAGGGGGAAAGGUCGUUGCCAAGCGACCAUGCGAAGACGGUGUUGGGGUUGCGAGGCAAGCUCGAUGACAUGACUUGUCGUCUCAGUGAGUUCUUGGCAAAGGUGGAGUGUUGGAAGAGUAUGAGCAAGAGAAAAGUUCUGAACUGUGGCAAGACGGAGCUGCCCGUUUUGGUCGAGAGCGUGUGGUCGGACUUUCCACUGUAUUCGGAUUUGUUGCAAAGACGACACACUGAGACGUUGGGCAGUCCAGUCGAUAAACCAAUGCUCGGACCCGAUCAGCAAACGGAUUUGAUCGUCUUUUUGAAAAAGAGGUUGCGCCAGCGCGAGGACGAGCUGCGACAAACGCGCGUCAAAUACGUGGAGCUCAAGGAAUUAUGCGCCCGACAAUGCGUACGCGAAGCUGAUCUACAGAACUUUAUCAAUGAACACCGUCUACGAGGCAACCUUCCCGUCAUCCGUAAGACCGCCAGCUGUCAGCCUGGGUUGACGAGCAAUGACCAAGAACAGGCACAAGACGAGCAUCUCGACGAAGCGCGACGCCUCAUUUGUUCGAAGGCGAUAAGGAAGAACGCUGUCAUCGAGAAGUACUCUGACCACUGUGAUGAUAGCAGCGACUGUAUGCAGGAGGCGGAGGAGCCGUACGCGGUCCGCACUCUGAACAAGCAUGAGUUGCCUGAAAACUCGGAAAUAGCUCUGGAAGUUGCAACUGGACAAAAGCGCGAGACGCGUAAGCAGAAACUAUUGCAGCAGCAGAAGCAGCAGCGUCAACAACAGCGCGUCGGGCGUCUAGCAGUGUCAUCGUCAAGCCGGACGAACCGUGUACCUCUGUCGAUGAUCAAAGCUGCCCGACGACACAAAUCGAUCCAGCAGCUGUCACGCUCUCACCUUCCACUGCUCGGAAAGUGUCCAAUGAGUUGCGGUAGCCACGCUUCGUAUCUACAAAAGGAACCGCCAGCAGUUGCAGCACAAUCGAAGCCGGACGUAGCGACAACAGGAUUGAAACGAGCCGUUGGGGCUCAUCGUCCAUGGAUGUAG